GAAUGAUAUCAACUGCCACCAUGGAUGAUUCAAGCUCCAUUAUAAAAAUGCAUAGCACUAUCUCAUUCUGUGUUUUGAAGGAGGAGAAAGUUGAAGACAUCAGUGAGGAGGAUUUCCAAGCAAUAAAAGAAGAAAUUAAUGAUGUAGAUGAGAAUGAUGUCAACAUAAGAAAAGUAGAUGAGAGUCCAGUGUGUGAGGAAGACAGAAGUCCUAGAGAAAAAGUAAUUGAAAAAAACUCAAAUAAAACUUUGAAUAUGAAUAUAGAGGAUGAUAAUGCUAUCUAUAUAAUGGCAGGAGGUGAGGUAGAUACAAACAAUGAAAAUGCAGUGUCUGACAAAUUCAAAAGUCUAGGCGAAAAAACAGACACGUUUAUGUGUGAAGAUGGAGAUCCUUUGGCAUCAUCCGUGCCUUGUGUAGCUGAGGCUCGUAGGAAAAAGAAAUCAUCGCUUACUGCCAAAAGGACACGUAAGAAAGGUGACAAAAAGGUGAACCGCAACAGAAAGGAAGCAAAAGAGAAACAUUUCACUUGUGAAAUAUGUCCCAAGAAGUUUUCUUUUAAAAGUGAGAUUUUACUCCACAUGAGAGUACAUACAAAGGAGAAGCCAUUUAGUUGUGAGAUUUGCAGUAAGUCAUUUACUAAGAAAAGUACUCUUCUCCAACAUGCGAGAAUACAUACACAUGAGAAACCUUUUAGUUGUAAGUUAUGUAACAAAAAAUUUAGUCAGAAAGGUAAUCUAGAUACACACACGAGAUUUCAUACGACUGAGAAACCUUAUAGUUGUAGAAUAUGCAGUAUGGCUUUCUCUGUAAAAAGUCAACUGGUAUGCCACAUUCGAGUACAUACUAAAGAAAAGCCUUUUAUUUGUGAUGUAUGUAAUAAGUUUUUCACAUGGAAAAGUGAUCUAGAUAGGCAUCUGAGAGUACAUACAAAAGUGAAGCCUUUUACUUGCGGUAUAUGUGAUAAGUCCUUUGCAUGGAAGAGUGAUCUAAAGAGGCAUCUGAGAGUACAUACAAAAGAAACACCAUAUAUAGGAGGGUCAGGCAUGAUCACAGGGUAUUCCCAAGAUCACAUGGUAUUUGUGAUUCCCAUGUACUGGACUGCUGACCGUCAUGAAUAUAGGGUUAAUAUUGUAUUAGGACAGUUAUUAACAGAACUGAGCCUUAGUGGAAAUCCUCCACUCUUGGGGAUCUGCAAUCAUUGCCACAUAUACCAUAAACUUCCUAAGCUGGGGGCUUUAACCCAAACCCUCACUUCAUCGCUGUGUUUUUCUAUCAGGAGCUCCACCAGUGGACUUGAGAGCUUCUAUGAGAUAUCGCAGACAAUCUUUCUUCUAAACCCAUGGACAAACACUUACUUCAAAAUGGGACUCCUGGAUAUAAAGAUAUCAGUUAGUGGAACGCUUAGAAGUUAUAUACGACCGAGACGAUUCCCUUAUUUAUUCCGAGGGCCUAUAGACUAUAGUUUAAUGUUUAUGCGCGCUAAGAAAACAAAGGGAGACGAGCAAGCAAACUUAACAAAGGACAUAUACAAAGAGACACUUGUGUUUAUAAAGGCUGAAGAUGAAGCAAAUAUGAUCUCUGAAGAAAUCAAAUGUCCAGGUGAAGAGGGAGUUAAAAACGACUCAGACUUUUGUGUGUAUAAAGAUGAAGAUCCUUUAUUAUUACCCACACAAGAUGUGGCUGGCGAUUGCAGGAAAUUGUGCCCAUUAGAUGGUGAUCAAACAAUACAUAAGGAAGACAAGGAGGUAACACACAAAAAUAAGAACAAGGAAGCAAAAGUAAAACAUUUCAGUUGUGAAGUAUGUGGUAGGAAAUACCGUUGUAAAAGUAGGUUAGUAGCUCACAUAAGAGUACAUACAAAAGAGAAACCUUUUAGCUGUAAGGUGUGCAAUAAGUCAUUCUUGAGAAAAGAUUAUGUAGUGGAGCACAUGAAAGUACAUUCAAGUGAGAAACCUUAUGCAUGUGAGAUAUGUAGCAAAGACUUUUCUAGGAAAGGUCAUCUAGUGAAGCACAUCAAAGGAGUUCAUAUGAAAGAGAAACCUUACCUCUGUGAGAUUUGCAGCAAGGUUUUCUCUGUGAAAAGUGACCUAUCUGUGCACAUGAGAGUACACACAAAUGAGAAGGAAUUAAGUGGCGAGAAAAGCAAAGAAGUUUUCAUCUAG